AUGAGAUCUCCUCUGGCAUGGACUACGACCAACCGUUCUUCCCUGGUGAGCGAGUUCAUCUUUGUUGGGUUCUCCGGGUUACCUCGAUUCCAGCUGCUUCUCUUCAUGCUGGUUCUCUCCAUGUAUGCUGUAUCACUUGCUGGGAAUACUGUCAUCACCACCAUAAUCCGGUUAAACCCAGUCCUCCACACACCCAUGUACUUCUUUUUGACAAACUUGUCUCUGUUGGAAAUAUGCUACACCACGGCCAUUGUUCCCAAAAUGCUGGCGUGUCUGGUCUCGGAGAACAAAAAGAUCUCUCUCUGGGGCUGUGCCACCCAGAUGUAUUUCUUCACCCUUUUUGGGAUUGCCGAAUGCUGCCUCCUUGCUGCGAUGGCCUAUGACCGCUAUGUAGCCAUCUGCAACCCAUUGCGGUACACUGUUGUCAUGAACCGGGUGGUCUGUGCUCAGCUUUCGGUAGCCUCAUGGUCUGUGGGUGUGAUGGUGGGACUGGGCCAAACCAACUAUGUCUUUAGCUUGACCUAUUGCGGCCCCAAUAGGAUUAACCACUUCUUCUGUGACAUCCCACCCCUUCUGACCCUUGCUUGUGGCGAUACCUCAAUGAAUGUCAUAGCUGUGUACAUGGUGGCCGUUCUUUUCAUCACAGCUCCUUUCCUUCUUAUUCUCACGUCCUACAUAUACAUAAUAGCCUCUAUUUUGAGGAUGCCAUCAGCUGAAGGCCGGCAUAAGGCCUUCUCCACCUGCUCUUCACACCUCAUUGUGGUCUCCUUGUUCUAUGGCUCAGGCAUUAUCACAUAUCUUAGGCCCAAAUCUAGCUACUCAGCAGAGAGCGACAAGCUUUUGUCUCUAUUCUAUACAGUUGUGACCUCCAUGUUGAACCCCAUAAUCUACAGUUUGAGGAACAAAGAGGUCAAAGUGGCCUUGAAGAGAAUGAUGGUCUGCAGAGAAUGUCUAAAGUGA